AUGUCAGUCUCAGGGGCAGCAGUAGAAUGGAAAUUAACUUCUUGGAGCGAGGACAGCAACAGGAAAUGGGGAUAUCCAGCCCCCAAAGCCACAGGUGGGCAAUGUUCAUCGAGCAAAAAAUAUUGCUAUCCAAGACUUACUGCUUCAGGAAGUUCAAGGUGGGGGCAACUGGAUCAGUGGGUCACCAACAAGUUAUUGAAAAGUUCCCUUUAUAAAUGGGACCGGGACGGGUUCAAUGAGGACGCAACAACGGGUCUCCAGACUCAUAAAGAAUCUGAGAAACUAACUUGGGGGGAUUUCAUACACAAGGUUUUAGAAAAACUGAGUGCCGUACUCGUCUCAAGCCAGGCGGAAGCGCACAAAACCCUAAUCUGGACAAGGGAGGAAUGGCAGAGCUUUGAGGGACGGCAGCAAGCAUCAAUGGCCCCCCUGGAUGAGGUUGAGUCAGGUAGGAGAAUAUUAUUCGUGAUAAUGUGUAUAAUAACAGGAUUGAUAGAAGGGAGAGCGGGAAAGGACAAAAUUUUUCAACGAAGGGGACGGAUGUGUAGUACAGUCGAUAUGGCUUUAGAAUUCCCAAGGAGCAGCUGGGAGAUGUGGAUAAACCCCACAAGUGAUAGAAGAAAGAAUAGACAGACCGCGUGUUCAAGGACGGGUGGAUAUGACGGUUGUCAAGAGGCGUCAAUAGCAUUAAUCUUGAGUAUUUACUUUUCACUGAAGCAACUGUGCGAAGAGUGUGGGCCUUAUAGAUUGACUUAUUGGAUAAAGUCAGAUUUAGAUAGUGAAGGACCCGGAGGGGGACAAUAUUGUUAUUUUAAGGACGAACAAGAGAUUUGUAGUGAGGGUUCAUCCAAAGGAGACAGGGCACAAGUUUUAAUAACAAGGGAAGGGACAUUAGACGUCCUAGAUAGACCAGAAGUCGUGGAAGCUGCCAAGCGCUUAGCAGAUGAAAAUGAGGCCAGGGGGAAGGAGAGGGAGGUCGUAGUUCUGUUAGGGCCCACGUCAGAAGAGUGCGUUGAUGGUGACCGAGAAGAAAGAGCAAGUCAGUCCGAUCAAGAAGAUAUGACCCAGCAAUUGUCGACCAACCUUCCGCAAGAUUCGGAUGAGGGGGGGGCUCAAAAGAAUUCCAUCUUACCGAGCGACUCCGGAACACAUAUUCUCGCUUCCGAGCGCCCACGUAAGGAACAUGAGGAAAAGUUGAAGGGUUUAGUUUCGGGGGGCAGGCUAUUGAACGAUUCGUUUACACAGGUUUCGGGGACGACUGGGAAGGAGGUGGAGACUCCAAAAGGUCCCAGCUCAGUGGAUUCAACAGAGAAAGGAGCAAAAUCGGAAACGACCGAAGACUUCAUUUCCAGAUUAUUGAGCCAUUGGCCGUUAAUAGGAGGGGUAGUGGUUGUAAUCUGUCUGAUAGUGAGUAGCUGUUAUGGUUUAUGGAGAAUCUUUAAGGGUAGGAGGAGGCCAAAGAGAAGAGUCAAACCUUCAAGAGACAGGAUGAAAUAUGAGGUGGGUUAUAGAUAA